AUGGGGUCUACCGGCCACCAUAGCCAUACCCACAUCGACAUUACCCACGUUCGAUCCCGCUCUCCUUCUCAAGCCUCUCAAGACGACGACCUCCACGAAACCGGCGUCCAAGUAUCCCCGGCAGAGAUCUCCCCUCAAUACUCUGUCAUACAUCAAAGCCAGAGCCAGAGUGGGUCCUCAUCACAUCCGAAUGAUUUUGUUCAAUUGGAUUAUCCCCACGACUACCCUGAACGCGAUGGGUCCGAUUCGGCGUCAAGAGUAGGCGACCGCGACAGGGGACAAGUAUACGCAUCUAGGCCCAACUCGAGACGACAAUCCGCCGGGCGUCAACAGUCUGUUCGAGAGCCUAUUGACAGUCGAACAAGCCAUUUGCGAGAGACAGCGCCCACCAUUAGCGGCGACUCUACAGAAGAGUUCCUGGCUCGGCCAGAACUGAGGCAUCAUCACAUGCCUCGCCCUCAAUCCUACUAUGACCACCCAGGGUAUGCCGCCCACAGCAGUUCUUCUGGGUCCUAUCCAUAUCCUGCUGUGCCACCUUCAAAUCAGAUGAUCCUACAGGCCCAACCCAUGGCGGUCCCCUAUCCACCUCAGUAUCCUCACAUGCAAUCUCCCCCACCAUCUGGCUAUCCUGGCGCAUACGGCCACCCUGCGCCCUCGCAAGUCGGCUCGCCAUACACAUUAUCCCCUUACGCUGCACCCUCCAUCGUCAGCUAUGGUGGACCACCUCCAAGCGGCUACUUUCCGCAGUAUCCUCCUCAAUUCAAUCCCCAGCAAUAUCAACCACAAUAUCUGCAAUACCCUCAACAAAUGCCCUACCCCUACAUGAUUCCGCCACCUGUCGUGCCAUCACCACAACCAGGCUCUGCGCACAUUUCAGCCGAAAAGCUCGAUGCGAAAAAAGACACCGAUCCGGAAGAAAUGUACAAGCGAUUUGCAGACUUGAUGAAGGAGAAGGAAUUAAGCCAGGAAGCACAAGCGGCUGAAAAGGCCAAGGCAGAUGCGGCAGCAGCUGAGCAAGAAGCCAGAUAUCGGGAGCAAGCGCUGAAGCAAGCCACGGAUAAGGCGCGUCAGGAUGCCAUUCGCGCUGAAGAGGAGAGACAGAUCCGAGAAGACGCCAUGCGGGCCGCGGAGGCCAAGGCCCGUGCUGAUGCUGCUGCCAUUGCUGAACGUAUGGCAACAGAACAACGCAUUCGUGAGGAGGCAAAACAAGACGCCCUCCGAGCUUACGAAGCACAGGUCAAGCAGGCUGCUGACCAAGCUGCCCGAGAGCAGCAAAUUCGUAAAGAAGCAGCUGAGGCAGCAUUAAAGGCGGCUGCCGAGGAGGCCGCAGCAAUGGCGGAUAAGGCCGCCACUGAAAAGAAAAUCGCUGACGAUGCUGCUGCGGCCGCCAAAUCUCAAGCAGAAAAAGAGGCCGCCGAGGCUGCAGCGGCUGCAAAGGAGGCCGCCGAAACUGCACAGAAAGAAGCUGAAGCGAAACUGAAGGAGGCGGAAGAAGCGGCUGCCAAAGCAAAAGCUGAGGCCGAAGAAGCAGAGAAGAAAGCGGCAGCCGCCGCGCCUGCUGAGAAAAAGGCUCCUGUCAGGUUCAAGGACGCCAUCGGAAGGAGUUUCAAAUUUCCCUGGGAGAGAUGUUGCCGAUGGAGAGACAUGGAAAGCCUCAUCAACCAGGCUUUUGCACAUGUUCCCAACCUUGCAGAGCAUGUGAUGAACGGUCGUUACGAUCUGAUCGGGCCCGACAAAGAGAUCAUUAUGCCCAAUUACUGGGAAUCGACAAUCGAACCAGAUAUGCACAUUACGAUGAUGCUCUGGCCGAUACCAGAACCAAAGAAGGAGGAUGAACCGCCCGUCCCUCCUGAAGUCCUUGACACGGACGGAAUCUUGAAUCUUGAUGAUAUCCUCAAUCCUCCUAGGAAGAAGAGUGGUAAGAAAAAGAAACCUGCUGGAGGUGGACUCGCCAGUUGGAUGCUGGGAGGGCCUUCUGGGAGGACCCCCAGUCGGUCUGGGCGGUCUUUAAAAGGUGAUAAAAAGCCUGAUGUAGCCGCUCGAUCGCAGCACGGUGCCGCUGAACAAAGUUCAUGCACCGUUAUGUAA